UGAAGUUGCUAACAGCUUGUAGUGUUGUUUGAGUCAAAUCAGAGACGGUUAGCUAGCUAAACUCUAGAACAGCAGCUGGCAAAGGAGAAAGAUUUAUUGAGAGCGACCGAAAUUACACAUGUGCUAAUCUCGGCACACUCAAGGAGUUAAUUUUCAAGUAUUGCAGAAAAGCUGGGAUUCCUGACAUGGAGUGGCAGACGCCAGCUGUGUCUGAGAAGUUCCAGAGCCGCUUUGGCCGCCGACCUGGGACAGCGGACAGUGGGGACACGGGGCUAGGCGUCACCCCAUCUGACAGCACAGAAGAUUUCUGCAGUUCCAGCAGCAGCCCCUCGUUCCAGCCCAUCCGCAGUCAGAUUCCCAUCCCCACUGCCCAUGUCAUGCCUUCCACGGCCGGACCACCGGCCUCCAAGCCCCAGCCCUGUUCCCAAGAAGAUUGCCAGGCUUCUGCCGAGGCACACAGGCCCUCCUCGGGCUCCCGAACCUCCAGUGGAACCUCCAGCUCAAAGUCGUCCUCCCUCUCCAAAUCAGCCUCUUCCCCCAACCUGGACAUGGCACAAGACGGCAUGGGGGGAGCCGACCCCGCCGGGCCCAAGCCAGACUGCUUGAGCCGCUACCGCAGCCUCGUGAACGGACUAGACCACUCUUUGUUCCCCUCGGGGGACCACUCUUGCAUGGAAGAGGGCCAGAGGUUUGACAUGCCCGCCAUGGAGCCCACAAUGAACCAAUCUGCCCUGCUGGCGGGCUACUGCCCCGACGUCCGACUCAGGCUCCAGAUGACCAGCCUGGGGGCGACUCCCGAGUGCAGCGGAGAAGCCUACAGGGGCGCCAUGGAGCACUCGUACAAGGCUCUCCCAGAGACAAGGCCAGGGGUCCCCGGAGCUCCAGACCCCUACAGCCAGAGGAGCAGCCAGCCCGGUGGAACUGUGGCUGGGUCAGCAGGUGUGUACCCCAGCUCUCUGUAUCUGCAGACCCAGGCUCUGUUGAGAGAGGCCAAGGCCUAUGAACCCAUGCUGCAGGAGAGAUGCAGCGAGCUGCUCAGUUGGCAGCAGCAACAGCAGCACAAGCAGCAGCUGGAGAGUCUCCGGGUGCAAGUGGAGCAGAUGCAGAUGAUUACUGCUGGAGUGGGCCAGUACCCUGCUCUCUACUCCACCCCCUCCAUGCCACCAGAGACCAGGAAGUGGGAGGCGGCGAUCAAAGCCAACGAGAGCAUUCUGAAGGAGAAGGAGCUCGUCAUCGAGAGACAGAAGCAGCAGAUGUCUCAGCUGGAGCAGCGGCUGCGAGAGAGCGAGCUGCAGGUCCACGGAGCCCUGCUCGGCCGCGGCGCUCCGUACGGCGACGUGUGUCUGCUCCGACUGCAGGAGGCUCAGAGGGAGAAUGCCUUCCUGCGGGCCCAGUUUGCAGAGCGCGGUGACUGCGCCGCCCAGGAGAAGGCGGAGGCGGAGCGCCGCCUCGGUGCCGUGGAGGCGGAGACGCGGCGCCUGAACGAGGCGCUGAGGGAGACCAGCGAGCGGCACGCCGAGGAGCUGAAGAAGCAGGAGGAGAGGAUUCGCAGCCGGGACAAGCACAUCAACAGCCUGAAGAAGAAGUGCCAGAAGGAGGCAGAGCAAAACCGAGAGAAGCAGCAGCGCAUCGAGACUCUGGAGCGCUACCUCGCUGACCUGCCCACUAUGGAGGACUACCAGGGCCAGAGCAAACAGCUGUCGGAGGCGGAGCAGCGGGCGUCCCAGCUGCAGGGCCGAGUCAGAGAGCUGGAGGUGUGUCUGGAGGAGGGUCGCUCACACACCCGGGAGAAGGACUCCCAGCUGGAGGAGCAGAGACGCAGGGAGAGGGAGCUGCUUACCACUGUCACCAGUUUACAAGAGCGGGUGCAGGAGGGCCUGGAGGACGGGGCAAGGUUACCCUCCCUGGAUGUGGAAAUACUCAGAGGGGAGAACAGCAGCCUGAGAGAGGAACAGCAGAGACUUAAAAAGGUCCUAGAGAAGCAGCUGAGAGUGAUGGAGAAACUGGGCGCCCAGAUCGUAACCCUGGAGGAGCAGCUGUCUCAGGAGGAGAGCAGCUCCCAUGCGAUGAGAGAGGAGGUUUGUUCUAAAGAGCAGGGUUUGCUCCAGCUCCGCACAGCCAUGAAGGAGCUGUCGGCCCAGAACCAGGAACUAAUGGAGCAGAACCUGACCCUCCAUGAGCGUCUGGAGGACUCGGAGAGGGUGAACCUGGACCGGACGUCGUCCUCGCUGCGGCCGGCCGGGGCCCGCCUCACCCAGCGUCUCCACGGGGAGAUGGCCUCGUGCCUCUGUGACCUGCGCUCCCUCUGCAACGUGCUGACCCAGCGGUCACAGGGCCGAGACCCCAACCUCUCGCUGCUGCUUGGCAUUACAUCUCCCCCGCCCAUGGCAGAGCAGGUGGAGGAUUGGCUGAGUCCUGAGGUCCUCCAGAGGAAGUUGACUGAAGCCCAGCAGCUGCGUCGUGACGUGGAGGAGCUCCGCACCACCGUCUCAGACCGCUACGCCCAGGACAUGGGAGAGAACUGCAUCACCCAGUAGCCCCAGCUGCUAGCCUGUCUCUAAAACAGACUGAACCAUCAGGCUAAUUGGUUAAGGGUUCCAUGUUGGCCUUGCUUCUUCCAUACUCCAUUGAGUAUGAACUGGAAUCUCAUGUUGGCCCAUUGGGGAUGGAAUCCUUGAUCAGGUCAUGCAUUUCAGUCAAAGGGCUUAUGGUGAAAGAACUGUUCUCAAACCAGUGUGUGUUUUUUUUGUUUUUAUAAGUGUUUUACUGAUACAUUUGUGUCUUUGUGAUGUCAGAGGCCCUCCCCUCUUUUUAUGACACACAUGGAUGGGGUUGUGUUGUCUUUUUAAAUCUAACACUAUUUUAUUAUUUAAAUCUUCCCUCUGGGGAAGUAAUGUUGGAUGUGGUUGACAAUCAACUGAAAAUAUUUAAAUCUGUUUUUGAGUGAUUCAACAGGGAAUGUUACUAACCCAGUUUUUUUUUUUUUUUUUAAUGGCAUAUUUGUAGCAUUGGACUCGGGCGUGUGGGUGGCUUUUAACAGUGGUAGGGCUAAUACUGAAAUGAUAUUCUGUCAGCAUUAUAACUGAGAUAUUGUUCAGAGACAUCUGUCCCGUCUGUAGAUUAUUAUUUGUAUGUGAGCAGAUAUUUCUCUCAGGUAGUGGGCUUGCUUUGAUGUCCAAUCGUGCCUGUCUGUGUUUUUGCUGUCGUCACCAUGCAAGCCAAUACACUCCCAGGCAAAUUUGCUAGUGGCUUUCUUGCUCUCAACUUGACUUAUUUUGGUGUUUCAGCCGACCGAUCAACUCAAUACAUUCCAUUCCUCGAAGAAGAUAUCUGUCACUGCUAGUUAUGGGGGAAGCCAUUUUACACACUCCUUUUAACAGUGUUUGUACAGACCCUUACCAACAAACCAGACCACAGUCUUGCAGAGCAACAUACUGUAACCUAACAGGUGAGUCCCUGUGCCUACUUUGUCCUUAUACACUGUUCACUUUGGUGCCCGUAUCUGUACUAGCAAAAUGCUAUCUAAUAGCAAGAAAUGAUUGGUUUCAAAUGAAUAACUUUAACUAAUGGAUGUCAGUAUUUUGUCAUUAAAAAAAUGUGCGACAUGACUGAGCACUAACUUUAUUCUAGUUUGUUUCAGUGGUCGAAGAGCAAAAAGAGUUCAUUUAUUGAUGGAAUGUCACGUCAAAUGCUUUCCUUCAGUUGACGAACAUCAUGACACUAAGUUGGGACAGACUUGUCUAGAUGAGACGGAGUUCUCAUUUGAACUUUAACCAAGUUAGACAAUUUGCCUUAUGUCAUAUUUUUAUAUUGAAUUUAUCCUUAAUUGUAUUUACUGAAAUAAAGUUUGUUUUCAAUAA